AUGGCUUCUCAACAGUCGUCUGCUGAAGAGCCCUUCAGCCAGCCGCGCAUCUUCCUCCUCUCGCUUGAAACAGAACCAUGGUUCGACGACAUGUACAAGGGCCUUAUUGACAGCCUCCUUUCAAAGGCAAAGGUUCAGCGAGCAACGAAGCCAGAUCCGGCUCUAAGAUAUCUCUCAGGAACUACACCAGACGCGAUAUUCGCCACUGACCCUGCUCUCCUGAACCCAAAGUAUGCCACGGUUCUUGAAAAAGUCAUCUCCUACGUUCGGAGCGGAGGCACAAUCAUAUUCGGAGGCCUCUUCAGCUCUUUUGCUAAACCGGAUCAUCUCAAUCGUUUCUUCACGUUUAGCUGGAGCCUCCCUUGGAAAUCCGGGAGCUAUCAUCGAACAACGGUGCAUGUCAACACGAACUGCCAGGGAAUACGCCUAGAGGGGCUGCAGCCAUCGUACAGCCAGAAAGCACUCCAUCUCAAGAACGUCCCACCUGAGAGCAGACUGUAUGCAGCAAAUGAAGACUCAAGGAUAGAAUCCAAUGUUUUCUACCCGGAUCCCAUCAGCGAUAUUACGGAGGCUGCCAUUGUAUUUGCACCAUACGAGAGCGGUCGAAUUGGGUACAUCGGAGACGUGAAUGGAGAAGAUGGAUCGCACGCGGUUAUUGUAGCUAUGUGCAAGCUUUAG